UAAGCACACAACAAAAGCAAACCAAAGACGCAACAGCCAGAAAGCAGCAACAUCAACAAGAACAGCUGCAAGAAGAAGAAAAGCCGGCCAGUGAUGGAUCCUCCAUAUAUUCAUCGCGCCAGGUACGUCGGCGUUUCAUCUCCGAACCCUAAUUUUUAUGCACCAUCACCUUCAUCCCAUGUUUACAACUACCGUCCGCAACCACCACUGCCUCAACAACAACAACAACAACCUCUCCCUCCGCCGCAACAAUCGCUCCCUGCUCCGACACCGGUUCCACCACUUAAUCACCCUCCUCUUUCUGUCCCAGCACCAACAAAGAAUCCGUAUAAUUCCCACCAUCACCCCCAACUCUCGUUCAAUCCCAAUUUUAAUCCUAACCCUAACCCUAACCCUAAAUCUGUCAAUGUUGAUCACAAUCGUCACCACCACCAUCAACGAAGUCACGAUUAUGUCCACCGGAUUCCCGUUGACGAUGAGCGCCAUCAUCCUCACCGUCAACGACUGGUUCCUGAAUUCGAUACCAGACCCGAUGUGUGGGACCCACCCAGGAUUGUUCCCGAUCACCGUCCGGUUGUCAGCAAUUUGGAACAUCAUCGUCAAUUUGAUAACCGACCUGUGUCCGGUUAUCGGUCCAUCGAGAAGAUUAAUCAUGAAGUACAUAUGAAACAUAGGUUAAGAGAAAGGUACAACAACGAUGUCUUUGAUUUUGAGCAUAAGAAUGGUAAUAGUAAUCAAAGAUUAGAGUUUGUGUCACGUCGUAGUCUUUUUGUAUCUGAUUCUGAUAGAUUGAAUUCUGCUAAUUACGAGAAUGUACAUGGUUCGCAGUUUGAUAGUAAUGAGAUGAUAAGGAGUAAUGUGAGAGACGGGGUUUUUGAGAGGCAGGCAUUGAGAGAGAGGGAAAUUCGUGAUUCGAUGAUUGAAAUGGGGCAAAAUAGUGUGAAUGGUGGUGGCGGAGUUAGGAGUUUUAGUGGAAAGCGUGAGUUUUAUGGGUCAGAUUCAGGAAGAUAUGGUAAUAAUAGAGGAAGCAGAGAGAACAGUUUUGAGUAUAAUAGGACUCCAAGGAAGCAAGUACAAAAGAAGAGUGCACUUUUGAGAAUACAGAAACCUUGUUUUAGGACUAGAGAAAAUGAUGAAUUGCAUUAUUCUGGUUAUUUUGUUGAGAUGAAGUCUGGUUCAUUGAGAGGGAAAGAUAAGGUUGUGUAUUCAGAUCAUGGGGUGGUUGCUGAAGAAGAGAGAGAGGGCAGUCCUGUGGAGCUUGAUGUUUCUUUCAAAUCUAAUUCAUUGGUGGCCAAGGCAAUUGUGGCACCUUUGAGUUCUGCUGUUGUUUCUGAUCCAAAUGUAACACCUAAGAAUGGAAAAAAUAGGAAAGUUAUGGCGUCAGAUAAGGAUCGUUCAAGUCCACAAUUGAAUAGAGUUUGUGACAGUAAUAUAAAGUUGGAUAGUUCCAGAGAUGUUGUGAAUAAUGCCUCUAGUUCUGAUAAAAAUAUUGACUUGAAACAAUCUGGGAAGAAGGUUGCCCCUUCUACUGUUGGUGAAAUGCUUGAUCAUAAUUUACAGUCUUGUACCACUCAGGUUAAUGGUUCACCUGCAAAGGUUAGAAGGUCAAAAUGUAUUGUUUCAGAUAAAGGAGGCACUGAUGAUAGUACUAGUAAAACACCUUCGCUCAAGGUUGCAAAGAGGAAAAGAGUUGUGAAGAAAGUAGUCAAGAAAGUUAUUAACUCUAAUCCAGAUGUAUCCAGUUUGCAACCAAAAGAGAAGCUUGAUGAACCUCUGAAAGCAGAUGGCUCCACCCUUAAGGCAUCUGCAGCUCCUUUGCUGAAAAAGGGAGGAAAACCUUCCAAAGAGAAAAUCACUCCUGCUGGGGCAACUUCAGUUCAUUCCGUUGAUUUACAGCCAGGAAUGAUGUUGCCUGUAAGUGACAAAGUGGGUGGAUCUUCACAGGCUGCCAUGGGACCAGAGGAAGUUACCACUGAUGUCGAUUCUGGUGGAUCUCAUAUCACUAAGAUUAAGAGAAAGAUGAGUGACUCAAUUUCUCCUUUGGCUUCUUCUAGUAAUAAAGAAACUAAAAUCAAUGAGGGUUCUGUAAAUGCAGAUCAUUCUUUCAGUGACAUACAGAAAACUGGAAAGGAUCUAACUAAAUCACUAAACAAAGCUACUGUUUCUGACAUUGGUAGUGGUGAAGUUGCCGGCGAGCAGUUCUGCCACAAGGGAAACACUUUAUUGCUUGAGAAUUCUUCCACAAGCCACAAGGGAAACACUUUAUUGCUUGAGAAUUCUUCCACAAAAGAAUCUCCGAAAAUUUUGUUUUCGGUAGGAGGUGAUAUUAAUUCUGAUCUUUUAAGCUCGGAGGAAAAUGAAAGACAUGAGGCAAGUGUUUUUGCCCAUGGAAUGAAUGCAACAAUAGGUUUUAAUAAUGAUUUAGUUAGCUUUCCGGAAAAAAUUACUAAUUCUGAGAUUACCCCUGUGGAUGAUUCUAGUAAGCAGCCAUGUAAAAGUCAGGGUAGCAGUGGUGUCGAAGGAUUUCCAAUGGCUAUCCCUCCUGGGACAAGCAGUGAAAUGUCUGCUUUGUCAAGUUCAGAGGAAACCAAAAUCCACAAUGUUUCCAUAGAUGCAGACUGCUCCAAUCAUGACAAGUGUAGCAUUUCAGGUUCUGCCAAUGUCUGUAUUAAUUCAGAGGACAUCAAUAUUAGUGGUGGUUACAUUGAUAAACAGCUGUUAACUGAUGUGUUUGCCAUACCACUUGAGAAUGGUGCCACAGAAGGAUUAUCAAAUGCUAUAGUUUCAGGAGGCAGUGAGGAGGAUAUGCCUAACAUUACAGAUAAGAGCAAAGUUAUGAACUCUCCGUCGGAUUUGCCGGAUGCAAUGAUAACUGACAUGAACAUGGAACCUGUGAAAGCAGUUAGCUCUACACAAUGUGAAGAUACAACCUUAAGUUCAUCUGUCAAAGAUUCUAGUCCUGCAGAAGUAAAGGUUAACGGUAGUGUGGAUUUUGGCUUACAACCUUCUCCAGAUGGAUUCAGUGAUUUGCACGCGAGCAAUUCAAUGGGAAAUUGUUCUGAGGCUAAGGUUACAAUUAGCAGUGGUAUUAUUGAACCUUCCCCUGAGAAUAUAAAAAGGCAGAAAGUCUCUCUUUAUCAGCCUGGUUUUCCUAGUCUGAUGAUAUCUGAGAUCAGUGAGGGACCUAUAACUGCAGAUCUCUUCACAUCUGGUUUAGAACUUCCCUCCAAUAUGAAUGAGGUUCUAAUGCAACCAGAAGGGGAGGUUACAGUUUCUAACAGGGAUACUCGUUUAUCUUCUAUUAGUAGAGAUGUCUUUAAGGCUAGGGAUGGUGAAAGUUUGAAAGUUGACCUCAGAAAAGCUGAUUCUUGUUCACAUAUUGAGGAGUCAUGUAUUCCCAUUGCAGCAUCCUCUUGCCCACCAGUAUUUGGAAGUGAGCAGAUGAUGAAUGCAACUCCUGUUAUGGAUGACAAUAACCAUAGCAAUGAAGUUAUGUGUAUGGAAGACAGCGAGGCAGAGAAAAUGGAUGCUGUUGCUGCAGGAAAGCAAGUUACGGUGUGCACAGAGACCACUCAAUUGAAAACUACUUCAGAACUUCAGUCCUCUGACUUAAAUCAAAGAUUGCCUGGUACACUUAUGGAAUCUGAUGGCUAUCAUCUUGAGAGUGAUGAUUUGGCUGUCGAGGGUGAUGGGGUUUCCACGACUAACUCCAAUGAUGAAACCAUGGAGUUUGAUACUACACUAUCUGAUAUGGGUUCUCAAGAAAUCUUGGCUGAUCUCUCUGUUAUGCAAUCAUUUCAUCCUGAAGCAUCAACUAGCCUAAAUUCUGAUGAAAAGGUUUGUGGGGAUGAAAAAAUGCCAAAUGAGAAACCUGUGACUGGAAGCAUCUCUAAUUUAUUUUCUAAUGCUUCAUCAUUAGAGUCUGUCAAAAAUAAUUUAAAGUCAGGGUCUACACUGGACACUGCUCACUUAGUUGCUGGAAGAACUAGACCAUCGCCAUCAUCAGAUGUCAAAUUUGCUGCUAACAAUCUAAAUUCCAGAAGUGGAGAAACUUAUGGGAAGAAGAACCAACGGAGUCAUGCUGCUUCUGGGAUUCCUUCAAGUCGUUCCUCUUUUGUUUUUAAUUCUACAAAGAAUGCAGCCUCUUCAACCCAAAUAAAAAAGCCCCGAACAUGGCGUCGCACAGAAAAUUCAUCUACUCUUCCAAUACCUGGAAACAAGUCUUUUUUACGUACAAUCCCUCCUCAAAGUCAUUUACCAAAAAAGGUUGCUAAGAUUCAGAGUAUGUCUUACAUUCGCAAAGGUAAUAGUCUUGUUAGAAAACCUGCUCCAGUUGCUGCCCAUCCCCAAGUUUCUCACGGUUUGACUUCAUCAGUUUAUCAGUUGAAUUCUUCAGGAGUAGGUGAAUCACAGAAGACUACGGUAUCUGACAGUAGGGUUGAUGUAAUUGACCCGCCAAAUUUGUUGAGGACGGGAGGCGUAAAUGCUUUGUUUGAGAGGCCUAGAACACCUCCCUUGUCCACUGUCACGAAGAUGCCAAAUCAAACUUCCAAUUUGUCAGGGGAUUGUACAUUCUCCCCAUUGUCUGAGCCCCUUCCAAAUGGUUGCUCUGAGGCUACCUCAGAUCCUCAGAAAUUUGUGGAAAGUAAUAAUGCACUCAAUUCUUAUAAUGAUGCUUCAAAGGCUUCUGAAACUCGUGUAAAUCAAACUGGUUCAGUUAACAGUUUGGAAAGCCAGGUUGAACUGAAUGAUGGGGCUUUGGCUGCUUCAAAUAUGAAGAGAAUAAAAUAUGUGAAGAGAAAAUCAAAUCAGUUGGUUGCAGCUUCAGAUCAUCAUAGCUCAUCUAUUCAAAAUGCUGAUAAGAUCCAAGGCGUUACCUCGGAUAGCUACUACAAGAGACGCAAAAAUCAGCUAAUAAGGACUUCAGUGGAAAGUCACAUAAACCCGACAGUCACCUUGCCUGAUGGUGCUUCAAUUUCAGAGGGGAAAGCAGCUUCAAAGGACAUAUUCAGAAGUUUUCGUAAAAAACGAUCUUACAAAGUUGUAACGAAGAUCCAAAAACCUUCUAGGUUCUCUUUGGUUUGGACACUGAAGAGUAUGCAGUCAUCAAAAGAUGAUGAUCAUUUCUCAUAUCCUCAGAAAGUCCUGCCUUCCCUCUUUCCCUGGAAAAGAACAGCAUACUGGAGACGUUUUGUGCAAAAUUCAAUUUCCAUUCCCAAUAAUAGCUCCUUGUCUGCAAUCAGUCGGAAAUUGUUGCUGCUGAGAAAGAGAGAUACAGUUUACACAAGGUCAAACCAUGGAUUUUCCCUUCGAAAAUCUAAGGUAUUAAGUGUUGGUGGAUCUAAUCUAAAAUGGUCAAAAUCCAUUGAAAAUCGUUCGAAGAAAGCUAACGAGGAAGCUACAUUGGCGGUUGCUGCAGUUGGGAGGAAGAAGACAGAGCAAAAUGGUGCUAAAUCCUUUGCUUCUGAGACAAAGAGCAGAAGUCAUUCUUCCCGAGAACGAAUAUUUCGCAUUGGUUCAGUUCGUUACAAAAUGGAUUCUUCAAGACGGACCCUUCAGAGGAUAUCAGAUGAUGAAUCAACAGGCUCAGCUGCUCUCAAUUCGGAAAAAAAUGCCAAGAAGUCUUAUAUUCCAAGGAGAUUAGUUAUUGGCAAUGAUGAGUAUGUUCGAAUUGGCAAUGGCAACCAGCUUAUUAGGGAUCCAAAGAAACGAACUCGUGUUCUGGCAAAUGAGAAAGUACGUUGGAGUUUGCACACUGCCAGAUUGCGAUUAGCGAGAAAGCGGAAGUACUGUCAGUUUUUUACAAGAUUUGGGAAAUGCAAUAAGGAAGAUGGAAAAUGUCCAUAUAUUCACGAUCCCUCCAAAAUUGCAGUGUGCACAAAGUUUCUGAAUGGUUUAUGUUCCAAUUCUAACUGCAAAUUGACUCAUAAGGUUAUAGAUCUGAUUGAUAACCCCAAGUGGUCUACUCCAAGGGAUGGCAGAUUUUUUCUCAUAUCUUGCUGGCAUUUAACCUUAGUUUUAUUUUUCAUGCAGGUCAUUCCAGAAAGAAUGCCAGAUUGUUCUUAUUUCUUGCAAGGUUUGUGCUCCAACAAGGAUUGUCCUUACAGGCAUGUACAUGUGAAUCCAAAAGCCUCCACUUGCGAAGGAUUUCUGAAGGGCUAUUGUGCUGAUGGGAAUGAGUGUCGGAAGAAGCACAGCUAUGUCUGCCCCACUUUUGAAGCAACAGGCUCCUGCCCUCUGGGACUCAAAUGCAAGCUUCACCACCCAAAAAGCAGAAGCAAGGGAAAAAAAUUCAGACGGUCAAGGGAGCAGAAGAACAAUCGAGGGCGUUAUUUUGGUUCUGUGAGCACUGAGGACUCUAAGCCCCGGAAAACAAAGUAUUCAAUGCAAGAUAAAGGGGAUAUUUGUUUUGAAGGAAAGUUUGCAGAUUAUAUUAACCUCAAUGUUAAUGAUGAAGAAGCUGGAGAAACUAAUGAUACGAUGAGUGAGCAAACAACCUUUAAUGAUGUCAACGAUUCAGAUUUACAGUUAGAUGAUCUUGAUGAGCUAGUCAGACCAAUUCGCAUAAUGAACUUAAGCUGACAACAUAAUCAUCUCUGUACAGUGGACCUCUGACUAGAAGCGUGGUAACUGGCCACGAGGAAUAGGAAUAUGAAUUCUUUCUGUUGUAAAUUAAGUAAAGAAAGUAGGUCUAUUCCUGUUUUUCUGCUAUUGCAGUAUGAUUUUGAUGUCUUUGCUUGUAUAUUAUAUAGAGAUAGGAUAACCCCCUAUUCCUUACCCCCCUUUAUGUUGUUUUUAUUUUUCUAGGAUUUUUGUUUUUAUUUUCUACAGUGUACAUCAAUACAAAUUUACAGGAAUUUAGAAAUGAAAUGAAAAUACAAAAGCAUUUGGAUUAUUAGA